GCUCCCCCUCCCACACCUACCCCGCCCCCUCCCCGCCUUUUCCGCCCUCCGGUCCCCCUCCCUCGGCCCGCCGCCGCUGCUCCAGAUGAGGUGAUGGCAACGGCCAACUUCGGCAAGAUCCAGAUCGGGAUUUACGUGGAGAUCAAGCGGAGCGAUGGCCGAAUACAUCAAGCAAUGGUAACAUCUUUAAAUGAAGAUAACGAAAGUGUAACUGUUGAAUGGAUAGAAAAUGGAGAUACAAAAGGCAAAGAGAUUGACCUGGAGAGCAUCUUUUCACUUAACCCUGACCUUGUACCAGAUGAAGAAAUUGAGCCCAGUCCAGAGACACCCCCACCUCCAACAUCCUCAGCCAAAGUAAACAAAAUUGUAAAGAAUCGACGGACUGUGGCUUCUAUUAAGAAUGAACCUCCUCCAAGAGAUAAUAGAGUGGUUGGUUCUGCACGUGCGCGGCCUAGUCAGCUUCCCGAACAGUCUUCCUCUGCACAACAGAAUGGUAGUGUUUCAGAUAUAUCUCCAGUUCAAGCUGCAAAAAAGGAAUUUGGACCCCCUUCUCAUCUUUUUCUUCUAGCACGUAGAAAAUCUAAUUGUGUGAAAGAAGUAGAGAAAUUGCAAGAAAAACGAGAAAAAAGGAGACUGCAACAGCAAGAACUUAGAGAAAAAAGAGCCCAGGAUGUUGAUGCUACAAACCCAAAUUAUGAAAUUAUGUGUAUGAUCAGAGACUUUAGAGGAAGUUUGGAUUAUAGACCGUUAACAACAGCAGAUCCUAUUGAUGAACACAGGAUAUGUGUUUGUGUAAGAAAACGACCACUCAAUAAAAAAGAAACUCAAAUGAAAGAUCUUGAUGUAAUCACAAUCCCUAGUAAAGAUGUUGUGAUGGUACAUGAACCAAAACAAAAAGUAGAUUUAACAAGGUACCUAGAAAACCAAACAUUUCGUUUUGAUUAUGCCUUUGAUGACUCAGCUCCUAAUGAAAUGGUUUACAGGUUUACAGCUAGACCACUAGUGGAAACUAUAUUUGAGAGGGGAAUGGCUACAUGCUUUGCUUAUGGGCAGACUGGAAGUGGAAAGACUCAUACAAUGGGAGGUGACUUUUCAGGAAAGAACCAAGAUUGUUCUAAAGGAAUUUAUGCAUUAGCAGCUCGGGAUGUAUUUUUAAUGCUAAAGAAGCCAAACUAUAAGAAGUUGGAACUUCAAGUGUAUGCAACCUUUUUUGAAAUUUAUAGUGGUAAGGUGUUUGACUUGCUAAAUAGAAAAACAAAAUUAAGAGUGCUUGAAGAUGGAAAACAGCAGGUUCAAGUGGUGGGAUUACAGGAACGGGAGGUCAAAUGUGUUGAAGAUGUACUAAAACUCAUUGACAUAGGCAACAGUUGCAGAACAUCCGGUCAAACAUCUGCAAAUGCACAUUCAUCUCGGAGCCAUGCAGUGUUUCAGAUUAUCCUUAGGAGGAAAGGAAAACUACAUGGCAAGUUUUCUCUCAUUGAUUUGGCUGGAAAUGAAAGAGGAGCUGAUACUUCCAGUGCAGACAGGCAAACUAGGCUUGAAGGUGCUGAAAUUAAUAAAAGCCUUUUAGCACUCAAGGAGUGCAUCAGAGCCUUAGGUAGAAAUAAACCUCAUACUCCUUUCCGAGCAAGUAAACUCACUCAGGUGUUAAGAGAUUCAUUCAUAGGUGAAAACUCUCGUACCUGCAUGAUUGCUACAAUAUCUCCAGGAAUGGCAUCCUGUGAAAAUACCCUCAAUACAUUAAGAUAUGCAAAUAGGGUUAAAGAACUGACUGUGGAUCCAACUGCUGCUGGCGACGUCCGUCCAAUAAUGCACCAUCCCCCAAAUCAGAUUGAUGACUUAGAGGCACAGUGGGGUGUGGGCAGUUCCCCUCAGAGGGAUGAUCUAAAACUUCUUUGUGAACAGAAUGAAGAAGAGGUAUCCCCACAAUUGUUUACUUUCCAUGAAGCUGUCUCACAAAUGGUAGAAAUGGAAGAACAAGUUGUAGAAGAUCACAGGGCAGUAUUCCAGGAAUCUAUCCGAUGGUUAGAAGAUGAAAAGGCUCUCCUAGAGAUGACUGAAGAAGUAGACUAUGAUGUGGAUUCAUACGCCACGCAACUUGAAGCUAUUCUUGAGCAAAAAAUAGACAUUUUAACUGAAUUGCGGGAUAAAGUGAAAUCUUUUCGUGCAGCUCUGCAAGAAGAAGAACAAGCCAGCAAGCAAAUCAACCCGAAGAGACCCCGUGCCCUUUAAAUCAGCAUUUGCUGCUAAAGGAUCCCCAGAACCCUCGCUAUUGUAACAUAGCAAUGGUUCAGCUGUAAGGGCCAUUUGAAAGUUUGAAAUCUUAAGUGUCUGUGGAAUAUGUCUUGUCCCUUCACCUGAAUGACAUUUCAAUUUUGUGAAACACUCCUUUGUCUACAAGAUGCUUCUAGUCAGGAGGCACAACCAAGAUUUGGGAAUAGUGAAGCAUUUUGUUUCAUUUACCCAGAUAGUGAGUUACUUUUGCAGAUCCUUGCCAAUUUUAUUUUCUAUAUGAUGAAGUAAGAUUGUGGACUUGAUCCAGAGGUGAAUAGUAAGGGGAAGCCACAGCAUUUCCAUUUAACUCAGUUCAGUUUUCUUAGCAAGACUGAGCAGUUUUAAAUCCUUUGCGUGCAUGCAUACCUCAUCAGUGAUUGUACAUACCUUGCCCACUUCUAGAAACAGCUGUGCUCACCUCUUCCUGCUUUGUGCCUUGACUAAGGCUAUUGACCCUAAAUUUCUGAAGCACAGCCAAGAUAAAUUACAUUCCUUAUUUGUCAUUGUAAAUUACCUUUAUUGUGUGUACAUUUUUACUGUAAUUGAGACUUUUUUUGUGUGUGACUAGUUAAUUUUGCAGGAUGUGCCAUAUCAUUGAAUGGAACUAAAGUCUGUGACAGUGGACAUAGCUGCUGGACCAUUCCAUCUUAUAUGUAAAAAAAUCUGGAAUUAUGAUUUUAAAACCAUAUAACAUGUGGUUAUAAUUUUCUUAGCAUUUUCUUUGUAAAGAACUAAAAUAUAAACUAGUUGGUGUAUAAUAAAAAGUAAUGAAAUUCUGAAAAGAGUUUUAUCUUAGGAUAAUACAUAUAUACGCAGUGUGUGUUCCAGUGUGGUAUUACCAAGACUAAUAGUGCAAUUUGAUCUUUACCAAUACCAUUACUUAAGUUGAAGUGUCCAUUAGCACCCCAAAAUGUACCUUUUAAAUGGUACAGUUAAAGAAAAUUGGCUUCUGAUGCAUGAAUAUGUACAUGUACAUUGAAAGUAGUCCAUAAUAGAACUGUUAGUUUAAGCCAAGUGUAGACAGUACAUAACUAUGUUGAAAAAGAAUUUAAGCUAAAGAGUUGACUUCGCCGUAAAAGGCAGAUCUAACCCAAGCUCCACCCAUUACCUAAGGUUUGAUGUUUCACCACUAUUUGGUGAGAACCACCAAAUUCUCACCAAUCAGUUCAUCUAGGGCAUGCUACUUUUUAAAUGGUGGCACUUAUUUUUACAGAUUGCUAUUCCAAGGAAGAAAACUGGCCACUUUUCAUGUAAAUAUUUUGUUAGAAGAUUUCUAUCUCUCUAGGAGUUUUCUCUCAGUUCCCAGGAUAGUGUCCAGGAGUACAUUAACAAAAAAGUCUCCCAGGGAUAUCUUGUUUUGAUUUACUUUAGGGAACUACCAGCUCAUUCCUGUGGGCCAAAGGGAAGCUAUGAAUAGAGAGUCAUAUGAGCCAGACUCCCUACUUCACUGUUCAUAGAAUUCAAAGGGUAGUCAUGGGAAAUCCUAACACCAUGGUGAAAAGCUCCUCUGUAAACUUGAAAUCUAGUACAAAUGUAGAUUUUCACAGUGUGCUUAUUAUUAAUAAAUUAAAUCUGUGUAAUGA